AGUUUCAAUGUGUAGGAGAAUGAGAGAGCUAGAGCGUGUCAGGAGUGUGUCUGAGUGAGUGUUAAAAAGUGCAAGAGCUUAAGACAAUAUGUGAUAGAGAGGGAUAGGGAGGGAGAGACAGAGAUGCGGCGAAAAGGGGAGUGAGGCGAAAUUGAAUUGUAGAUAGAGGGACUUUCUCUCCUCCUCCUUCCCUCCCGCUUUUAUCUAUCUCAUCUGAAACCACGCCUCCCUCCUUUCACUUGUGUGUGCAUCUAUAACAGAGGGCUGUCUGCGCCGUGCUGUGUGGGGGUUAGACUCUAAGACUGCCAGCAGAGCGGACAGUAGGGCACAGGACAAGAGUGUGUUCAAGACUGGUCAGAGCAGGUGUAUGCCUGUGUGUGAGCCGAUGGACGGAGCUCUGUGUGUAUCCUGUGUGUGUCGCCUCACCCACUCCACCCAGGGACAUCGCUUCUGAGGAGCACAGCUGUGAGACCUUGGUCUCUGAACACUGCGAGAGAACAUUUGAGAAGCAUUGUUUGGAAAGGAAGGGUGAGUGAGGGAGCUGUGCCAGCAGAGUGGCCCGUGCUGCAGUGAGAAGGAGGUGAAGACAGGGUAGAGCCAUGGCAGGACGGGGCCUCCUUCUCCUCCUCCUGGGGGUGGUCUCCCUGGCCCAGGGCUCGUCCUUCCUCUCCGGCCAGCGCCACCGGACACAUCUGCAGAGGGAUCGCCAAGCCCGCAACAAUGUCCGACCCAACAUCAUCCUCAUCCUCACUGACGACCAGGACAUCGAACUGGGCUCAAUGCAAGCCAUGAAUAAGACACGGCGUAUCAUGGAGCAGGGAGGCACCCAUUUCUCUAACGCCUUCUCCACCACUCCCAUGUGCUGCCCGUCGCGCUCCUCUAUUCUGACAGGGAAGUACGUUCACAACCACCACACCUUCACCAACAACGAGAACUGUUCCUCACCCUCCUGGCAGGCCCACCAUGAGCCUCACACCUUCGCUGUGCACCUUAACAACUCAGGCUACAGGACAGCCUUCUUUGGGAAGUACCUGAAUGAGUACAAUGGCUCGUAUGUGCCCCCUGGCUGGAGGGAGUGGGUAGCACUGGUGAAGAACUCUCGCUUCUACAACUACACUCUGUGCAGGAACGGCGUACGGGAGAAGCAUGGCAGCAACUAUCCAAAGGACUAUCUCACAGACAUCAUUACCAAUGACAGCAUCAACUACUUCCGCUCCUCUAAGAGGAUGUACCCCCACCGACCAGUGAUGAUGGUCCUGAGCCACGCUGCCCCUCAUGGGCCGGAGGACUCAGCACCACAGUACAGCACUGCCUUCCCCAACGCCUCACAGCACAUAACCCCGAGCUAUAACUAUGCUCCUAACCCAGACAAGCACUGGAUCCUGCGCUACACAGGCCCCAUGAAACCCAUCCACAUGCAGUUCACCAACAUGCUGCAGCGCCGGAGGAUGCAGACCCUGCUGUCUGUGGACGACUGUGUGGACAAGGUGUACAACAUGCUGGUGGAGACAGGUGAGUUGGACAACACCUACAUUGUUUACACAUCAGACCACGGCUACCACAUUGGUCAGUACGGCCUGGUCAAGGGCAAGUCCAUGCCCUACGAGUUUGACAUCCGGGUGCCCUUCUACAUACGAGGCCCCAACGUGGAGGCAGGAGCCAUUAACCCUCAUGUGGUGCUGAACAUUGACCUGGCUCCUACACUGUUGGACAUGGCCGGUGCCGAUGUUCCCUCUGAUAUGGACGGCAAGUCCAUCCUCAAACUCCUGGACACAGACAAACCUGUCAACAGGUUCCAGGUGAACAAGAAGGGGAAGAUGUGGAGGGACUCCUUCCUGGUAGAGAGAGGGAAGCUGCUCCACAAGAAGGCUGAUGGGAAGGAGGUGGCCCAGGAGGAGAACUUCCUCCCCAAGUACCAGCGGGUUAAAGACCUGUGUCAAAGGGCAGAGUACCAGAGCUCCUGUGAACAGCCAGGACAGAAGUGGCAGUGUGUGGAGGACCCGUCUGGUAAACUGAGGCUGUAUAAGUGUAAGGGCAUGGCCAGUCUCUAUGCCCCACGUAUGCAGGCUCUGAUGGCCAGCAGCGGGUCCCAGCAGUGGGUUGGACAUGUCUCCAAUGCUGGAGACAGCUGUGAUUGUGGCCCCCUAGGCCCCAAAAUUACACCCCUGAAGAGGAAGAGACUGCUUACCAAGAAUAAGGUAAAGUCCAGUAAGAGUCUGACUAGGAACCGUUGGGCCCGGUCCAUUCCCUUUGAACUGGAUGGAGACCUAUAUGCUGUGGACCUGGAGGAGGGCUACAGGCCUGUGGGCCUCAGGAACACCAGCAGGCCUGGGGAGAAGAGGAGAGGAGCGGUCCUGCAGGAGGACGACGAUGAGGAGUUCAGUGGCAUGGGAGUCACAGCCAGACCCACAACCAGCAACAGCCUUACACCACCUGCUGCUCUUAAAGUCACCUACAGGUGCUCCAUCCUGAUGAAUGACACAGUCAGGUGUGAUGGAGGACUCUACAAAUCCCUCCAGGCCUGGAAAGACCAUAAACUCCACAUCGAGCAUGAGAUUGAAACCCUGCAGACGAAAAUAAAGAACUUGCGUGAGGUCAAAAGUCACCUGAAGAAGGUUCGGCCUGAAGAGUGCCAGUGUAACACCCCCAGUUACCUGUCCAAGAACAAAGGGAUGUUCAGACUCGAUGCAGGCCGCAUUCACUCACUCAACAAAAUGCCCUCUAAGCAGAAGAAGCAGUGGCUGAUGAAGGAGCAGAAACGUAGGAAGAAACUCCGUAAACUGCUCAAGAGGCUCCGCAACAACGACACCUGCAGCAUGCCUGGUCUCACCUGCUUCACCCACGAUAACCAGCACUGGCAGACUGCCCCCUUCUGGACAAUGGGUCCAUUCUGUGCUUGUACCAGUGCCAACAACAACACUUACUGGUGCCUCAGGACCAUCAACGACACACACAACUUCAUAUUCUGCGAGUUCGCCACGGGUUUCAUGGAGUACUUCGAUCUGAACACUGACCCAUACCAGUUGAUAAAUGGGGUUAGCACCCUGGACCGCACUGCCCUCAACCAGAUGCACCAGCAGCUUAUGGAACUGCGGAGCUGCAAAGGCCACAAGCAAUGCAAUCCAGAGACGGGUGGUAAAGACAGAAACUCUUUAAGUGAAUACAGGCCAGUUCAUCGUCGAAAGAGGCCAAAAGUGAAGAAGCCCUCUUCCAAAUCGCUAGGGCAGAUUUGGGAAGGAUGGGUUGGUUAACAACCUGUGUCCCACAACCAUCCCACCACAUUGCAGUCUGCCAAUAGAGGAGGACCAGAACUACUGGAGAACCUGAUGACUUUGUACAGACUUCAUGGGAAUGUAACCUGAUCUACCAUUAUUGUAUGAGUUUAUGGAGGAUGCUCCUGCUCAUACCCAGCAGAUACCUCUGAUCAUCGCAAAGCAAACUGAACUAUAACCUCUCUUUUUCUCUCACACACACUCAUUCACUCACAGAGGAAUGUCCUCCUUUUCGCACCAAAGUAUGUUCA